UCACAACAGUAACAGUGGUUUCUGCUUGAGGAAAACUACCCACAAUUAUUCAAAACCGAAAGGGUCAAUUUUUAUCUUUCAAUUACACAUCUAAAUAAUGACAUCUGCUGAAAAUUUGUGUCUUCAGAUUGGAGCUUUGCCGUUCAAAUUCUUUCAACAAAGUCAACACAUGGAACUCAUAACUACUUUCAUCUGCUUUGAAAUAUGUUUUUGAGCUCAUCAAUGGCACCCAAAAUAAUCCUGCUGGUGUUCUUUAUCAUCUUCUCUUCAAAAUUCCAUUCGGCAAGAUCACAAACUUGGGUUAAAGGUGGUUACUGGUACUCAGGCAGUGGGUUUCCGAGUUCUGAUAUAAAUUCUGCGCUGUUUACUCACCUUUUUUGUGCCUUUUCUGAUGUUAAUUCCACCUCCUAUGAGCUCUUCUCAUCAGCUGCUGAUGAGAAAGAAAUCUCCAACUUCACAGAUACUGUGAAACAGAACAAUCCAUCUGUUACUACAAUUCUAUCCAUUGGGGGUGGAAAUGCAAAAUAUUCAACCUUUUCUACCAUGGUGAGUAAUUCAUCUUUCAGGAAAUCUUUCAUUGACUCUUCAAUAAAAACAGCCAGGGUUUAUGGCUUCCAGGGCCUGGAUCUCUGUUGGGUUUCAGCAAACUCGAGCUCUGAUAUGUAUAACAUGGGACUUCUCUUCCAGGAGUGGCGAGCUGCUAUCAAGUUAGAGGCUGAAAACUCUAGCCAGGCAGAGCUUAUAUUGACUGCAGCUGUUCAAUUUCAGCCAGGAUUAGAUUCCGGAAACUUCCCCGUAAAAGAAAUGGAACAGUACCUGGAUUGGGCUAAUGUUAUGGCUUAUGACUUCUACUCCCCCGCAUGGUAUAAUUUCACUGCGGCACAGGCUGCUUUGUAUGAUCCGACUAGUACUGUUAACACAGACUACGGGAUAAGGGCUUGGAUUAGUGGAGGAUUAUCUUCAAAUAAGAUGGUUUUGAGUUUGCCUUUUUAUGGUUACGCAUGGACGCUCGCGAAUGCUCAGGACAACGGUAUUGGUGCACCGGCAACAGGGCCGGCCAUUAAAGAGGGUGGAGAUAUGAGCUAUAAGGACAUCAGGGAUUAUGUUGGGAGAUAUGGGGCUAAAGUUCUGUACAAUGCAACUUAUGUGGUGAAUUAUUGCACAAUUGGGAAAUCCUGGAUUGGCUUUGAUGAUGUUGAUGUUGUUAAAAUUAAGGUUGCUUAUGCCAAGGAGAAGAAGCUACUUGGUUACACGGCCUGGGAGAUCUCAUACGAUGAUAACUGGAUGCUUUCUCAGGCUGCAGCUCAGGAAGGUAGCAAUGAUGGAAGAAAUAAGCGGCGGUUAUUAGCCAUUGUUGUGUCUACAACUGCAGCUGCUAUUCUGCUUCUGGGCUGCUUUUUGAUGUAUUACUUCUGGAUAAGAAAGCGCAAAUCAAAAGGGACAGUUGACUCAGCUAGUAAAGGAUCAAAGUACAGAAGAAAUGACCCAUCUGCAGCUGGAGAUUUUAACAGCAAUGCUCCUAACCUGAUAACUUAUAAUUUUCAUGACAUUGAGGCGGCGACAGACAGAUUUUCAUUUGAAAAUAAGCUUGGGGAAGGAGGUUAUGGUCCUGUUUACAAGGGUCUACUACCCAAUGGACAGGAAGUUGCAGUGAAGAAGCUUUCGAAAACAUCCACUCAAGGAUACGAGGAGUUCAGGAAUGAAGUUAUGCUUACAGCAAAACUCCAACAUGUAAAUCUUGUAAGACUUUUGGGAUUUUGUACUGACAGAGAAGAACAAAUGUUGAUCUACGAGGACAUGCCAAAUAAAAGUCUGGACUACUACCUGUUUGAUCCAAUUAGAAAGUGUAUUUUGGAUUGGAGAAAACGUGUUCAAAUCAUCGAGGGGAUUACUCAGGGACUUUUAUAUCUGCAAGAAUACUCAAGAUUAACUAUCAUUCACCGAGACUUGAAAAUUAGUAAUGUAUUAUUAGAUGAAGAUUUGAAGCCAAAAAUAUCAGAUUUCGGUAUGGCUAGAAUAUUUACAAAAGAUGAGCUUGAAGCAAACACCGAAAAAAUUGUUGGAACAUAUGGCUAUAUUCCUCCUGAAUAUGUUAAAAGAGGUAUAUACUCAAUGAAAUCCGAUGUACACAGUUUUGGCGUUCUACUUCUACAAAUAAUCAGUGGAAACAGGAUUUCUGUUCUAUAUGGCCCUGAAGAAAACUUAAGCCUGCUAGAUUAUGCAUAUAAGCUCUGGAAAGAAGCAAAGGGCAUGGAGUUUAUGGAUCCAUCUCUAGAUGAUUCAGAUUCAUCAUGUAAAUUAAUAAAGUGCUUGCAAAUAGCUCUGCUAUGUGUCCAGGAAAAUCCAAAUGACAGACCAUCCAUGUUGGAAGUUUCCUCUAUGCUUAAAAAUGAGACCUCAGAUAUCAUGAGUCCUAAGAAGCCGGCUUUCUCGAAACAAGCUGAUAAAGAUGGAGAUACCAUAGUAACAUUCAAUGACACAACCAUUUCAGAAGUUGUGGUUUUGAGCUCAUCAAUGGCACCCAAAAUAAUCCUGCUGGUGUUCUUUGUCAUCUUCUCUUCAAAAUUCUAUUCGGCUAGAUCACAAACUUGGGUUAAAGGUGGUUACUGGUACUCAGGCAGUGGGUUUCCGAGUUCUGAUAUAAAUUCUGCGCUGUUUACUCACCUUUUUUGUGCCUUUUCUGAUGUUAAUUCCACCUCCUAUGAGCUCUUCUCAUCAGCUGCUGAUGAGAAAGAAAUCUCCAACUUCACAGAUACUGUGAAACAGAACAAUCCAUCUGUUACUACAAUUCUAUCCAUUGGGGGUGGAAAUGCAAAAUAUUCAACCUUUUCUACCAUGGAGUGGCGAGCUGCUAUCAAGUUAGAGGCUGAAAACUCUAGCCAGGCAGAGCUUAUAUUGACUGCAACUGUUCAAUUUCAGCCAGGAAACUUCCCCGUAAAAGAAAUGGAACAGUACCUGGAUUGGGCUAAUGUUAUGGCUUAUGACUUCUACUCCCCUACACGGUAUAAUUUCACUGCAGCACAGGCUGCUUUGUAUGAUCCGACUAGUACUGUUAACACAGAUUACGGGAUAAGGGCUUGGAUUAGUGGAGGAUUAUCUUCAAAUAAGAUGGUUUUGAGUUUGCCUUUUUAUGGUUACGCAUGGACGCUCGUGAAUGCUCAGGACAACGGUAUUGGUGCACCGGCAACAGGGCCGGCCAGAACAGAGGAUGGAGGUAUGAGCUAUAAGGACAUCAGGGAUUUUGUUGGGAGAAAUGGGACUAAAGUUCUGUACAAUGCAACUUAUGUGGUGAAUUAUUGCACAAUUGGGACAUCCUGGAUUGGCUUUGAUGAUGUUGAUGUUGUUAAAAUUAAGGUUGCUUAUGCCAAGGAGAAGAAGCUACUUGGUUACACGGCCUGGCAGAUCUCACAAGAUGAUAACUGGAUGCUUUCUCAGGCUGCAGCUCAGGAAGGUAGCGAUGAUGGAAGAAAUACGCGGCGGUUAUUAGCCAUUGUUGUGUCUACAACUGCAGCUGCUAUUCUGCUUCUGGGCUGCUUUUUGAUGUAUUACUUCUGGAUAAGAAAGCGCAAAUCAAAAGGGACAGUUGACUCAGCUAGUAAAGGAUCAAAGUACAGAAGAAAUGACCCAUCUGCAGCUGGAGAUUUUAACAGCAAUGCUCCCAACCUGAUAACUUAUAAUUUUCAUGACAUUGAGGCGGCGACAGACAGAUUUUCAUUUGAAAAUAAGCUUGGGCAAGGAGGUUAUGGUCCUGUUUACAAGGGUCUACUACCCAAUGGACAGGAAGUUGCAGUGAAGAAGCUUUCGAAAACAUCCACUCAAGGAUAUGAGGAGUUCAGGACUGAAGUUAUGCUUACAGCAAAACUCCAACAUGUAAAUCUUGUAAGACUUUUGGGAUUUUGUACUGACAGAGAAGAACAAAUGUUGAUCUACGAGUACAUGCCAAAUAAAAGUCUGGACUACUACCUGUUUGAUCCGAUUAAAAAGUAUAUUUUGGAUUGGAGAAAACGUGUUCAAAUCAUCGAGGGGAUUACUCAGGGACUUUUAUAUCUACAAGAAUACUCAAGAUUGACUAUCAUUCACCGAGACUUGAAAAUAAGUAAUGUAUUGUUAGAUAAAGAUUUGAAGCCGAAAAUAUCAGAUUUCGGUAUGGCUAGAAUAUUUGCAAAAGAUGAGCUUGAAGCAAACACCGAAAAAAUUGUUGGAACAUAUGGCUAUAUUCCUCCUGAAUAUGUUAAAAGAGGCAUAUACUCAAUGAAAUCCGAUGUAUACAGUUUUGGGGUUCUGCUUCUACAAAUAAUCAGUGGAAACAGGAUUUCUGUUCUAUAUGGCCCUGAAGAAAACUUAAGCCUGCUAGAUUAUGCAUAUAAGCUCAGGAAAGAAGCAAAGGGCAUGGAGUUUAUGGAUCCAUCUCUAGAUGAUUCAGAUUCAUCAUGUAAAUUAACAAAGUGCUUGCAAAUAGCUCUGCUAUGUGUCCAGGAAAAUCCAAAUGACAGACCAUCCAUGUUGGAAGUUUCCUCUAUGCUUAAAAAUGAGACCUCAGAUAUCAUGAGUCCUAAGAAGCCGGCUUUCUCGAAACUGGCCGAUAAAGAUGGAGAUACCAUAGUAACAUUCAAUGACACAACCAUUUCAGAAGUUGUAGGUAGAUGAUUGUGUUGAAAUUGACAAUCACUUCAUCUACAAGGUGUUACUCUGACAUUUUCAGGGUUCUGCUGCCCGAUUAGUGGGUGUGGGCUUUACUCCCCUGUAAGUAGGUGGGGGUGCCGGGGGCAGUGUUCCCGAACCCAUAAGCUGUUUGGCUUUAACCCAUCCAAAGUCAUUUUAGAAUUUUUUUUUGCAAUAUGAAUCCUUGUAAGGUUUGUAUUAGGGAUUAGAAUCUUGAUAUAUGAACACAUUAUAAUAAUUCAUUAAACGAUACACUC